CCAACCCUCGGAUAUAUCCAUCAUACCCAAAACGUUGGGGCCCUGCUUGAGUGAUGCAGGGUACAGACACAAAAUGGCCGCCGUACCGACACCGUUGCUCAAGGCGCACGAUUAUACAGUGGCAUGGAUCUGCGCCCUAGCCAUAGAAAUGGCAGCCGCCGAGGCAAUGCUGGAUGAGCGACAUCCUGCCUUACCCACCAUCCCCGGCGACGACAAUACCUACGUCGCAGGGAGAGUGGGCUUCCAUAAUGUCAUUAUCGCAUGCCUUCCAGCUGGGGUUUAUGGGACGACCUCUGCGGCCAACGUGGCGUCUCAAAUGCGGCUCACCCACAAGGGCAUUCGGUUUGGGCUGAUGGUGGGAAUUGCAGGGGGAGUCCCUACUGCAGACCAUGAUAUUCGGCUCGGUGAUGUGGUAGUCGGCAAACCAACGCGGGAUUUCGGGGGAGUUAUCCAAUACGACUAUGGCAAGGCCGUGAGCGGCGGCCACUUAGAACGGACGGGUGUCUUGAACAAGCCUCCAACCAUGCUUCUGACAGCCGUGACGGCGCUACAAUCAGCACACAUUGCAAAUAAAAGUCGCAUAUCUGAUCUAAUUGCGGAUUUGGCGGAGCGACAUCCGCCAAUGAGGGGGAAGUUCACGUAUGACAGCAACAGAGAAGAUUUGUUGUUUGAGGCCCAGUACGACCAUAUUGACCGUGCGACAACCUGCGAUGGCUGUGACAGACACCGGUUAGUUACCCGAGGACCAAGGGAUGGAAAGGGCCCUUUUAUCCACUACGGUCUGAUUGCGUCCGGAAACCAGGUCAUGAAGGAUGGUCGGACCAGGGAUCAGCUAGCCGGGGAACUAGGGAUCCUGUGCUUUGAGAUGGAGGCGGCCGGCUUAGUGGACACGUUCCCAUGCCUAGUAAUUCGAGGCAUCUGUGACUAUGCUGAUUCUCACAAGAAUAAACAAUGGCAAGAAUAUGCAGCUGCGACGGCGGCAGGAUAUGCGAAGGAGCUACUCUCGAUGGUCCACGCUGUUCAAGUUGCUGAUACACCCUCGGCCCUGCAGGUCUACGACGUCGUUCAUAGCAGCAAGGUUCCAGCCAAACCGCGACGCUCAUCAACUUGGUUGACCAAGCCAAAUGAUGAUCCCGACGAAAUGAUAUUCAGGCGGAUUUCAACCUACGAGCAUGUAAAGGUUCACCAGCGACUUGCUCACAAGCGAGUCAUGGGGACAGCGCAGUGGUUCUUGGAUCAUCCUGAUUUCAAGGAAUGGCUAGAGGAGAAGGCAUUCUCGAGACUGUGGUGCUCAGGGAAGAUUGGUUCGGGCAAAACGACGAUAGCGACGGCGGCCAUCGAUGCAGCCAAAUAUCGAUCGUCGGGACACUCUGCUUCAACGGUCUUUUUCUACUGUGAGAGCGACCGGCCGGACGAGCUCAAUGGGCUCUACAUCAUUUCCAGUCUGAUCAAACAACUCUGCGAGUAUCUCCGUACGAAAUACAGACGCUGCCCGGAAAAUGUGGUAGAUGCACUUAAUCGCUAUUUUGGGAAGAAGCGAAUUGUUCCCGACUUUGAUGAUCUAAAGGACGUUUUCAUCCAAUUGUUCCACCUCAUCCCAGACACGGUGUAUAUAAUUGACGGAAUUGACGCAUUGAGCCCAGACCAGAGUAAAGACUUGUUUGAUCUCUUCAGAUCCCUGUUCUGCGGUUCUUCCCCACCGGAGUCGCGGAUACUCGUAUUCAGCCGAGAACAACUGCCUGGCUACACAGGCAUUCCCCUGUUCAUGGCUGGCGUGCGUCAAAUUUCGACUACGUCCAACGUGAUGCCGGAUCUUCAGACUUACAUUGACACGAGUGUCACCGAUAAGUUGAUGAGCCGGAAGCUCACGGACGAUUUAGCCUUGUUGGAUGAAGUCAAGCGGGUACUCCUAGAAGAAUCAUCUGGAAUGUUCCUUUGGGUCUACCUACAGCUGGAGAUUUUGUGGCAAGACUGUUUCACGGACAAUCGUAUUCGAUCAGCGUUGCGAGAUCUUCCGACAGAUCUGGAGGAGACAUACCGUCGCUGUAUCCAAAGAAUGGCCUUUACCAGUCCUUAUACAUUGCGCGUCCUCCAAUGGGUGAGUUUUGCUGCGAGGCCACUCCAUAUCGACGAAUUACAAGAGGCCGUCGCCUUUGAUCUAGAUGACACGGAAUGGGACGCCGGAAAGAUCCCCCAAGCGGAUGUGGUGAUUAGGAGCAGUGCAAAUCUCGUCGCCGUCGAUCCUUCCGAUCAAUGUGUUCGCUUUGCGCAUCCUUCGGUCAAGACAUAUCUACAGAAGGAUUCAGCAAGAUUGAUUCCAGGGUACCCAAAAUCCGACAAGCAGGGCGAGCUCCAGUGUGGAGAAUUCUGUGUUGCGUAUUUGUCAUUCUCCAACUUCAACCUCGAACUGGUGAAGCCAGCCAACGAGACGGAAAUGGUAAAAAUGCCGGACCCCACGCUGCUCGCCGGCGAUGCAUUGGCAUCUCCCUUGCUUAGAUUUUUCUGGAAGCGAGGGCCAACCCUCAAACAACCUGGCCCAGUACUUUUUCGACGGAUUCGAUCAGCCACUAUUCCUGAUCGUUCACAGUACAAAUUCCUGGACUACGCAGUCACUCAUUGGGCCUUGCAAACCAAGAAAAUAACUUCUUCAUCUCCAGCUUGGGAAAAAUUCAAGCAACUCUCGUUGAGUUUCAACGAAACCUGGAAUUUCCACCCUUGGGUGGUCGGGGGUCGCUCACAAACCUCACGCCUACAUGGCCUCUUUGGAUGGGCCGUUAAGGAAGGGCACAUUCCGCUGUUGGAGUUAGCACUCUCCUCCGGCCGAGACAUGCGGGAAAUUUGUAACCUCCCGUUGGUCGAUGAGCGGCUUCCUGCACUUCAUGUCGCAUCAAAAAUGGGACUUGCGGACGUCGUCAUUCUCCUUCUAUCUAUGUGUGAAUUGAAUUCUCCAGAUGAAGAAGGAUAUACCGCCUUACACCAUGCAGCAAGUAAAGGCCAUGGAGAUGUUCUAGCCCUGCUUCUACUGUCAGGAAUCACGAAAGUAGAUAUCCCGUCAAAGACCCAAGUUACACCACUUUGGCUGGCUGCCAGUUAUGGCCACUGCGAAACCGUGCGGGCUCUGACUGAGAGAAAAGCGAAUCUUGAGGCCAGAGAGAUUUUCACAAAACGGACACCUCUUUUACAAGCUGCCAAUCAUGGCCAUCAAGCUGUUGUCGACUUUCUUGUGCACAGUGGAGCGAACCUGGAAGCAAAGGACGCCCUUGGUCGGACACCGUUAUCCUGGGCUAUUAUGAAUAGGCAUCUGGAGACGGCCCAGCUGUUACUCGAGAGAGGCGCCAAUCCUGCUUGUAACUUUCCGAGCAGUGAUACACUGCUGUUAUGGGCAGUGCAGACUGGAAAUGCCACGAUCACGGGCUUGCUAGCUGCAAAUCCCGGUACUGACCUAAAUGCUAUCGAUGACAAAGGGUUAACAGGAUUAUGGUGGGCUAUUCAGAAUCAGCACUUGGAGAUCGCGAAGACUCUUCUUGACCAUGGGGCAAAAUGGGAGGUACGAGAUGCUGACGGCCAAACGCCUUUGCUGUGGGCAGCGAAACAUGGGCAUGAGGCACUGGCUAAGUUACUGCUCCAAAAAGGUGCGGUUAUCCAUGAUCUAGAUAAGCAGAAGAGAACAGUCUUUUUCUGGGCUGUCGAGAAUAGCCACGAGGGAAUAGUCAAGUUACUCUUGGACAGUAUCGGAGACGACCCGGCAAAGAACCAGUCACGGUUACUCAACUUUAUUGCCUCGGGGCCUGUACGAACGCGAGCUGAUGACACAUUGGACUUGAAUCUCAGCGAGAAUGGGGAUUCCGAAGAUAGGACGCCGUUACUGUCGGCUGUAAGAAAAAGCUUCGAGUUGCUGGCUCAGCGGUAUAUGGAGCGUGACAACACCAUCGUGGAACGAGAAGAACUUGUCAGACGGGCAACAUCCAUGUGGUCUACAAGGUACGGGCAAGGGGUCCUACUCGAGGUGCUCCUUGGAAAGAGUAAAGAUGACGUCGAGAAGUUGAACCAGUCCCUCCUAGAGGCUGCGAAGGAGGGAAAUGCGCUCUUGGCGACGCUGUCGGUUGAGGAGGGCGCUGAUAUUGACACGAGAACUUUGUAUGGGGAGACACCACUUUGGUGGGCUGCAAGAAACGGACAUGCGGCGCUUGUAGAAUUUCUUUACGACAGGGGUGGAUAUAUCGACUCUAAAGAUAAGUUUGGCCUCACGCCAUUAGCUUGGGCGGUUGAGAAUGGACACUGACCAGUUGUCAAGCUAUUGCUUAACUGGGGCGCUGACAUUCGGGCUUCGGACAAGUCCGGCCAGACACCCCUCUCCAGGGCUGAUGCCAAGGGAACACGAAGUCUACUUGUUCAUAAAUGAAGGCACAAGUGAUGGAGGACAUUCUCCUCGCGCUUUACUUUUGUUUGCUUACCUUCUUUGACGCGAAAGAAGAAAAGAUUCCUCG